UAUUUUUCUCAGCCGUAAUCAUGAGUCAAAAUCGCAAUCGCACCGACAGCAAUGACAGUGAUGAUGAUUCGUCAGUAAGCAAUUGGGCAGUAGCAGGAUUGGUGGGGCUAGCCGGCCUAGCCAUAGGUGCUGGAGCUUACUACCUGACUUCAUCCUCAUCUUCGCAAGCAGAGGAACAGAAGAAAAAAGAAGAAAGGGAGAGGGCAGAGGCAAGACAGAGGGAACAGGCCAGGCAAGAAGCAGAGUACCAAGGAGGAUAUUCUGGAUGGAAUUUAUUGACCAAUGUGGCCUGUGCUGUAGGCAGCGCUGUAAUGGGAUCCCAGGCGUCUGCAGCUGCACCCAGAGAGCCUGUGGUGGUGGUCCCGGAUAAUCCGGUGAUUACAAACAUGAAUGCGCUGCUCCAUGAUAUAUAUGUGCGGUACAUAGCGCUGAAGGACCAAGAGUUUGUGGAACAUUAUAAUGUGUUUAUGACAAUAUUUUACCAUCUGCACGAGCAGAUGAAGGUGGCGGAUAAAUACUAUAAUCGCUAUUCAAGUACUGUACAAUUCGCGGGCAGCCAUUACGACCGCCUACGCAUUAAUAAACCCGACGAAUUCGACAUGGACAUCAUCAUCGGUCUGCCUGUCAACCUCAAGGAGGCCCCCAACCCGGCCAACAGCGACAUAGUCCUCGAGCCCAAGGCCCCCGGCUUCAUACAGCUGAAGGCCGGCACACAGUUCCAGAACUUACCCAAGAGAGAUGGCGCUGACUGGGUUAUCAAUAGAACUGCGCAUGAGUGGUUGGAUGAAAGAAACUAUUUGCUCCGCUCGAAGUUCACUGACUGGUUUAAAAGCGUUGUUAACAAGGCAAUGAACAGUUUCCCCGCGCAUUCAUCAUUAGCCGGUCGCCGCGUGAUGAACGUGGGUGGUAUUCCGUACACCCUGCGUCUGUCGUCGAGCGGGCCCGCCAUCACGCUCAUCAUCGAGAACUCGAGGGGGUUCCGUCUGGACGUGGACCUGGUUCCAGCACUCAAGUUCCCUAAGGAACGCUGGCCUAUCUGCAGACCGUAUAGAAAGGUGCCAGAAAACUGCAACCACCACGAAAUAUUCAUGGUGGUCCCGAAGCCUAUGAAGGGCGGGCUGAAUCGCUACGACACGGACCGCUCGUGGCGUAUCGCCAUGCACCUGCAGGAGCGCGACAUCAUGCACGCCUCAGAGAACAUGCGCCAGGCCAUACGACUGAUCAAAAAACUCCGCGACUCCCAAGGCUUGAACAAAAUAGCGAGUUACUACAUAAAAACAAUCUUCUACCACGAGGCCAUGGCGCGGCAAUACGAACCCCAUUUCUGGCGCAACAGCCCGUCCUACCUCUUCAACAUUAUGGUGAAAAGGUUCAUCGAGCAUCUAGAGUCCGGGGAAAUUGCCUAUUUCUGGAAUAAAGAGAAUAAUCUCAUUGGACAUAUUGAGAGAUCGACUUUGACGGGCUACGCGAAUAAGCUGAAGAAACUGGUACCGAUUUUGGAUGAUCCGUCGAAGUAUAAACAGGCAGCGAAGUACCUGCUGACGGAAAGCCAGUUUAACGAGUACAACAGUAAAUUCUUGCACAUUUGAGAAGUGAAUUUUUUGGCCGGGUGUACAAUUAAACGUAAGUAGAGUAAUUAGC